CUUGCCACGUUGACAGGACAUACAUUCAGAGUAUUAUAUUUAGCCAUCUCCCCUGAUGGACAGACAAUUGUUACUGGUGCUGGUGACGAGACGCUCCGGUUUUGGAACGUGUUUCCGUCUCCCAAGUCCCAGAGUUCUGACAGCUUAAGUAGCAUUGGAGCGACAUCAUUUGUUAGGAGCUACAUCCGGUGACUCAACGAAAUGUAGUUUCGUCGAGCUUGUAAGUUAUUGCCGCAAGUGCUGAUCGUCAUCAGCACCAUUCAAUUCCCACACGACCUCCUUCUGUCCAUCUGCCGCCGAAGCCAGCACCAUUUUAGAGAUUGCACGGCAGGGGAUGAUUGACUGGCUGGCUUGCGCGGAUCCGAUCCCCUCUCCCGCGCUGGAAGCGGCACAUAUCUAUUGUUGUAGGAGCGAAGGCGGGAGAUGUUCAUGUCAGAGAAGCAUGGGCUAUACAGCCAGCCACACUCCCUCCUCCAGUUUAUGUUCCCCAUUGGAACUGCCCUGCGAACCAAACUGUUCCUUAACAUUUACUCACUCAUGAAGCCCUUUUGAUUUCAUUCGUUAUGUUGUUUAGCGGGAAAUUCCUCUUGUUUGAGCAACUGAGAAAUCUGUUGGCGUGUCGAUUAUGCGCUUGACUGAUGAUAUACAAGCUGUAGCUCUAUUCAGAACAUCAUGAAAUUCAGAACUGGACCUCGCUGGCCUGUGUCAAGGCCUGUGGAGGAAUUCAGAAUUUGGCCAUGUCCUCUGAUGGAUGCAGUGGGUUAAAAUUAUCUGUCUGGGUG